UUCUACUUGACACCGUAGAGGAAGAAGGGGGCGUGUUGCUAGUUGUUAGCCUGCCUGCUAAAUGUGAGCUAAAGUUGACUGUUGUACUUUCACUUUCUGACAGUCUGGAAUAACCUCUCCGGGAGUAACAAGGCUUCCUGGAAAACGAAACUAGAAACCGCCAUUUUUGUGUUUGACAGUCGUCAGGUCGUAGAUGUAGAUAUUUAACUCUCUUCGGGGGACGUUUUGACAACUUGUAGCCGGUCGCGUCCAACAGUUUUUAACCGUUAGCCGUCAAAACGGUCAAACACGCAGGUAGUUCAGCAGCUAGCUUUAGCGGCUAGCCCCCGCUAGCAUGGACGGCGGCGGAAGCAUGCAGAGUAAUGAGGAGCGAGGGGCAGAGAAACUCAUGGAUGACCACCUGAAAUCACUCGGGCUGCAUCGGAAAAAGAUUGCCAAAGACGGCUCGUGCUUGUUUCGGGCCGUCGCCGAGCAGGUGCUGCACUGCCAAAGUCUUCAUACUGAAGUUCGAGCCAAAUGUGUGGAGUUCCUGAAGCAGAACAGAGAAACCUACGAGGCGUUCAUAGAAGGAGACUUUGAGAAUUAUCUGCUGAAGCUGCAGGACCCUCAGCAAUGGGUGGGCGAGGUGGAGAUCAACGCGCUGGCCGUCAUCUACCAGAGGGACUUUCUGAUCUUCCAGGAGCCGGGGAAACCAGCCGUCAACAUCACAGACAACAGCUUCAAGGACAAGGUGCGGUUGUGUUUCCUGAACGGGAAUCACUACGACAGCGUUUAUCCCAUCAACCACCUGAAGAACGCCGCGCUCUGCCAGUCCAUCUUGUACGAGCUGCUGUAUGACAACGUCUUCAAAGUGGACCGCAGCGCUCUGACUUUGUGUCAGCGCGCCGGCCGCUCCAACGACCUGGUGAGCGACGACGGCAUGAACCCGUGUGCCAGCAGCGACGAGUCCGACCCGGACGCCAGCGAGCCGCUCUGGGUUCAAAAUGGAACGACGACGAAUACAAGAUACACCAGGGGCCGUGGGCGGGGCCGACAGCUACCUGAGAGGGUGAGGCGUUCACUGAACCCGACUCUGCUCAGGAACAUAGAGUACGACGUCUGGCAGAAGUCCAAGAGAGCUCAACAGAAGAUGGAUUACUGCAUCGCUGCAGGCAUGCAGUUCACUGCAGGAGACCGCUGUCAGGUUCGUCUCGAGGCAAAUGGGCGGAUCUACAAUGCAACCGUCAAGGAGGUUCCUCCCAACAGCAGCUCAGUGACCGUUUAUAUAGAAGAGCUGGGCAGGAGACAAGUCCCUCUGUGGACUCUUCGUCCUCCCAAAGACGAGAACAGCUGGAGCACUGUGGUGACCAGAGACAAGAGGCUCAGCAACGGACAUGGAGAGUGGGAGGAGAGGGGUAAGGGUCGAGGCCGGGGGAAGUACGUCCCAGCAUCCUCCUCCAUCUCCCAGGCGGCCGAGCCGGGCUCCAGUGGGCGCGUGCAGAAGCAGCACUCGUGGCCCGCGCAGGCCACCGUAGAGGAGCAGGGAGGAGGGAAAGGCAACAGAGCCUUUAAGUCCUUGAGCUCGAUGGAGUCGGCAUUCGGUAUUACACCGGAGCUGCUCAAGGCCAAACGUGAGGAGGAGAUGAACGUGGCGCUGGUGGAGAUCCAGCUGAGAGACGAGGACAGCUUCCCCGCCCUCAGCGCUCAGUCCGGCCUGCAGGGAGACGGAGGGAAGAAGAAAGGAGGAGAGAAGAGGAGGUCUCAGAGGAACAAGACGAAGAGUCCGGUGGAGGACGUCAGAGCGCCGUCACCCUCUGCUGGAGAAAGACACAAGUCCUCCACCCCCCCAUCUGCAGAUGCUGCUGCACCUCCCACCAACACCACUACACCUGCCAACCCCACCUCUCCUCCUGCUGCUGCUCCACCUGUGACCUCCGACUCCAGUCCUGCCUGUCUGAGCUCACUCAAGGCCUCAUUGCCCAACACAAAUAUGUCUGCUGCUACCACCACUGCCACCACCGCUGCUGCUGCUCCAUCCUGUGCUGCCCCAACUAAAUCAAGCACAUCCUCUUCAGCAGCUGGAGCUCCACCCACUUCUCCUCCUGCUGCUGCCCCGAGCUCUAAGCCUCCUGUGAAAGGAGGAGCUGUUCCUCCCUCCGUCCCUUCCUCUGCCUGUCUCUUCUCCGUCCUCUCCCCUCCCUCCCUCCCCGCUGCUUCAUCACCCCCAACCUCCGGCGUCCUCUCCUCACCCUCUCCUCCUCCCUCGUCGUCUUCUUCACUUCCACCUCCCACUUUCAUCGCUCCCAUCGCUCCCUCUCCAGCCGAGGCUCAGGGCAUCCUCCCCCGCUCCUCCCCUUCUGUGUCCGCUCUCCGUCACUCCCCAAGCCCACCCACCACCAUCUCCUCCUCCUCCUCCUCCCAGCUCUGUCAGGCUGCUCCCGACGCUCCACCAGUUUCAGCUCCAACUCUGAAUUCUUUGACAAAUACUGGACUUAACCCGGCUGCACCUCAGACCCUGCAGAGUCCUCAGGUGUCCCAGACCCAAACCCAGUCCUCUCGGACCCAGAGUGAGAGCCAGACCCACACGUCUCUGCCCCCAAACCAAACCACGACUGAGGUCCAGACCUCCCUCCAUCAGACCCAGGCCUCUGUGGCCCACCUCCAGCCCCAGUCUCAGUCCCAGCCUGAGGUGACCCAGGUUCCUUCCUCUCAGCUCCCUCCUGUCUCCACAUCUGUGCAGCCCCACCCGCCUGUCCCCCAUCCUCACCUCCACGCCCCCCCUCCCCAGCCUCCUCACCCCUCCCAGGUCCCACAUCCCUCCCUCUCUCUCUCCACCUCCCCUCCACCCUCCCUCCAGUCCCAGAACACCCAGAAUCAAACCGAGGCCUCGCUGCCUCACACCCAGCCUCAGCUGGACUCUCCGCCUCAUCUUCCUCCCCAGCAGUCUCACCCGUCUCAUCAUCCCCACUUACAGUCUGCACUUCCUCCUCACCCUCAGUCCAUCCCAGGAACUGUUCCUCUGCAGCAGCUGUCCCAGCUCUACCAGGACCCCCUGUACCCCGGGUUCCCACAGGGGGAGAAGGGAGAAGUGGUUCUGACUCCCCCCAUAUCCUCCAACAAGUCGGGAGACGACCUGCCUCAAGACAUCAACGUCUUGAGGUUUUUCUUCAACUUGGGUGUCAAGUCAUACUCCAUGCCCAUGUUCCCUCCCUACAUAUACCUCCUCCCGCUCCAGCAGGCCCACACCUUGCACCCCAAGUUCCCCUCCCGCUCCCCCUCCCCCUCCCCUGCUCCUGCUCCAGCCCCCCACUUCCCUGCAGCUAACCACCCCCCCAGUCACCAGGAGGCCUACUCCCAGUACCCUCCCACCUCAGCAGCUGUUGGGCUUCAGUAUGACCACCAAGCCCCGCUCGCUGAACCCGCCCAUCCCAGUGACCACUCUUAUAACCAGGCCGGGUACCCCGUCACCCAGUCGCCACACCAAAGGAUGCCCUGCCCCUCGCUGUCAUGGCCACAUCACCAGAUGGCUCCACCCAGAAACCCCAACUUUACAGUUGGAUAUCCAGCACCAAGUCCACCGUAUCCAGUACAUCAGCCCAUGCCUCAGGGAUACCACCCGGGUCAAGGCUCGGGACACCCAAUAUACCCUGCGAGCGUGUCUCCAUACCCCCCGUCCUCGUUGGGUUACCAGUCUUCACCUGCACAUGAAGAGCUCCAGGUGAGCCAGGGGGCGCUGGAGCAGCGUCAGCCGACCAACGGGGACACAGUGCCUGGACAAGGGUCCCGCCGAGUCCCUGGUCCUUCUGCUGCUAACCUGGCUAAUGCUAACAACAGCAGAGCGGUGGUGGUUCCUAAUUAUGAGGGAGCCAAAGUACAAAAUGUCUCAGUGCCGCUUCUAAUGGGACGUUCUUGUUUCCCAUCAGCCCUCACGAAGGAGCCGGGAGACGGUUUGACCCGAGCCGUGCUGCUGGUGGACCCGCCACUCAACCCCAACAAUCCCAUACUGGUCCCAAACCCUGGCGUCAAGGAUGUUCCUGUCUCCAUGACAACCAUGAAGACCGGCAGCACUCCCGGCUCUCCAAUACCUUAUGACAUCAUCCCCAAGACGACCUUCCCUGGUGAUAACAACCCCACGCGUGGUUACCGAGGCCACCAAAAACUACUUCCCCCCAACAAGAUGGUCUCACUGGGGGCACUGGAGCCCGGCCAGGUGAGCUACCUGUCGAGCGCCGCCAUGGCAGAGCCGCUGUCUGUCGGCUGCAGCACAGAGGACGACUGGGACGAGCAGCCGGGAUAUAAACCGCCGCCGCAGAGCCAAAGAGGGCAGAGGAGGAACCCCAGAGGAGGAGGUGGAGGAGGUGGAGGAGGGAGAGGGAGGGGAGGCAGUGAUCCAGGAAGAGCAUCGUACAGGAGGAGAUAUGGAGGAGACGCAGGGGGCGGGUACGGCUACAUCCAGUAUAACUCCUCCCACAGGGGGCGGGGUCGCGAGAGAGGAUACUGAGCUCUCAGCCAAAGAGAGGUGAGGACAUAGGAUCCCCCCCCCCCAAAAGCUUGUUUGGUUUCUGCUUCGGACACUCCCUGCUUCUUUCUGCGGUAUGUGUUUUCACCUGAUUGAUGGACACGAUUGAUUUCACGUAGAAAAUGGAUGCAAGAACCAAUCAGUUCGAUCAGUCUCCUCAUCGUUGUGCCUUCGCCUGCCUUUUUUUUUUUUUUUUUUUUCAGAAAACCUGAAAGUCUGUGUGUGUAUUUAAGAGUGUUGAAAUGCUCAUGAACACUACUCUUCAUUAAACUUGUUGUCAGCUAGCUCGUUAGCAUAGCGUGUUAGCAAGUUUACGUGUCACUUUAUGGAUUGGAAAAAACAACCUGAGUGCUUUGAAGACUACAAACAUGUUCAGAGUAGAGCUGCGUAGUUUGUCGCCACGUUUUGAUGUGAUAUUAGAACAUGUCUGAGGUUCUUUUGCAAAUUUUGUUUUUCUUUCAAGGAAAUGUUUAAAUUUCAGCUUUCUUGCCGAGAGUGAAGCUGCUGUCACAUAGCUUAGCUUAGCAUUAAGACUGGAAAUGAGAGCAAACAAAAAUAGUUCUGCGUUUAAUGGAAAUGUUGCUGAUUGAUAUAAUCAUCUCACCCAGCAACAUUUCCAUUAAAUGUAGAACUAUUUUUCAGCUUUCUUGUUGAGAGUGAAGCUGCUGUCGCUUAGCUUAGCAUUAAGACUGGAAAUGAGAGUUCUUCUCUAGGAAUUCUAAAUUCCGACUCUUCACCAUCCCUUGAAGGCAGCGUAUCUGGGAGCGCAGCAUGUCAAUGAAGCUUUUGAUAUUCAAAUGUAUUUCAGCAAAAAACGUGACAUGCAUCAACCAAGUUCAGCGAGCACUUCCUCCAAACAUCUGUCAGCACUGUGAGCUAAAAACAAACUCAAAGUUGAUUUAUUAUCACAACAUAUAAUUUGGGAGCUGCUUUAGAACCACCACAGUAUAUUUAUGACUCUGUCAGAGGAGCUCAUUGAAGCUGUGCCGACGUUUCUUUAGGUUUGUUUGGUUUUUUUUAAAUUGUCUUCUGGUUCCUUGUUUUCCUGUUUUCCUUUCAUCACUUUGGGUAACAGACUGUAGAUUCAGUGCCUUACAUUUGCUACUUCUUACUGUCUCACUUCUUCCUCCCAUCAGUUUGGGAAACGCUGCUGUACAGAACAAAAGCUUUUGUUGUUUGUGUUGGAUUUUUCUAUGCGGUUGAAUAAAUAAAACUUUGGUUCAGAA